GUCAGCAUGGUGCAGGCUUGGUACAUGGAUGACUCUGAUGUGGAUCAGAGGAGAGAACACCGGCUACAGCCGGACCAGCCAGUGUCACCAGAGGAGCUCAGAGAACUGGGAGUGCACAGCUACAAGUUGGAUGCCGAUAAUUAUGAAAGUGAUCCAGAGCUGGCCAAGAUCCGCAAAGACAGUAAUUACACAUUCAUGGAUAUAAUCACCAUACAUAAAGACACGCUGCCCAAUUAUGAGCAGAAGUUGAAGAUAUUCUACGAGGAACACUUGCACUUGGAUGAUGAGAUCCGCUACAUCCUGGAGGGAAGAGGUUACUUUGAUGUAAGAGACAAGCAGGACCGAUGGAUCAGAAUAGCCAUGCAGAAAGGAGACAUGAUCACUCUUCCUGCCGGCAUCUACCACCGCUUUACACUGGAUGAAAACAAUUACGUGAAAGCAAUGAGACUGUUUGUUGGAGACCCGGUCUGGACCCCGUAUAACCGCCCUGCAGAUGAUUUGAAGGCUCGAACACAAUAUCUUCAGUUUCUGGAACUAGAAGCAUAG